CGAAGAUUUUGUUCCUGGAAAUAAGCCAAAUUUAAACCUUUCCUUUGUCUCCUUGUAACAAAAAUAAUAGCAGAAACCACUUACCAUGCAAUACCACUAUCUGGAAAAACCAUACAAACCACUUGUGGUUUUGUUCUCAUUGUUUGCCUGUGUAUCUCCAAUCGGUUCCGAUUGUGAUUUCACAGAAGAUCAUGGGGCUGCAGCGACGAUCGAAGGCAUUUUUGUAUUUGGAAGCUCUUUGGUUGACAAUGGCAACAAUAACUUCUUCGAAAGCACGGCGAAGGCCGAUUACUUGCCCUAUGGAAUAGAUUUCCCAAGUGGAUUACCUUCUGGGAGAUUCACAAAUGGUAAAAAUGUGAUUGACCUUCUUGGUGAACAACUGAUGCUUCCUUCCUUCAUCCCACCAUUUAAGGACCGUUCAACCAAGGGGUCUAACAUUGUUCAUGGUGUCAACCAUGCCUCUGGCUCUUCGGGUAUCUUAGAUGAUACCGGCUUUGUUGGGGGAAAUGUUGUUAUAAGUUUGAGUCAGCAAAUCCGGGACUUUCAGGAGGUGACAUUACCAGAGUUAGAAGCUCAGCUGGCGUGCAAUAGCUCUCAAUCUCUUCCAAGAUACUUGUUUGUUGUGGGAGUUGGUGGGAAUGAUUACAUGUUCAAUUAUUUCCUCAAGAGAUCCUACUUCCAAAUUGAUCUCCAAACCUUCACAGCAACUCUCAUAGCAUCUCUAGCUCAAAAACUCAAGAAAUUGUACAUUUUGGGAGGUCGAAAAUUUGUGGUAAUGUCGAUAAAUCCACUAGGGUACAGUCCUGUUGUUAACAGGCCAAAUUAUAUUGGCCGUCCUCAAGCUCUGAACCAAGCAGCUCAUCUGUACAACACUCAACUGAGGACACUGCUGGAUGCUCUCAAAAGUGAUAUGCCUGACUUCAGUUUUGCUUUGGUCAAUACAUAUAACAUUAUGACUAACAUCAUCCAGAAUCCUACGUCCACAGGCUUUGAAGACACGAGCAACCCCUGUUGCAAAGUGAAAUCUCAAAUUGAAGGUGGAAAUGGAGUAUUAUGCGAAAGAGGUGGAGAAGCAUGUGAGAACAGAAACAGGACGACAAUUGUUUUCUUUGAUGGGUUGCAUCCAACGGAAGCGUUGAAUGUUCAAAUAGCAACCAAGGCUUAUGCUUCCACUCUUGAAUUUCAUGUUUAUCCCAUUAAUGUCAAACAACUUGCCCAACUUUGAUUAUAUAUCCUCGUAUUAUUAUCUUAAAUAAUUGAAAUUUCACCUUGAAACUUGUCACAAAUGUGUUUGUCAUAUUACCCAUCUUAGACCAAAGGGGGUGUUGAGGGGGAACGAAAGGUACGGUCACACAGGGC